AUGGAUCGUCAUAGUCAUACACCACCAUCUCAAAGUCACGAGGAAGUGAAUAGCACAGGUGAAGGUGUACAGGAACAUCAUCAGCAACAAAGGGAGAUAAUCGGUCAACACCAACAACAACAACAUGUAGUCAUGGAGCAUAUGCAGGAGCAGGAGCAGCAGCACCACCAUCACCAUCAUCAUCAUCAUCAUAUGGAGGAGGGAUCGCCACCAGGCGACGAGACUGGCCAGCAAGACAUGCACUCCCACCAUCACCAACAUAUACAUCAUGAACAGCAACAACAACACCACCAUGACGGUCACGAUGUUCAUCUUGACCAUUCCCAAGGGAUGCUGCACGAAGAUGGAGGACACCAACACCACCAACAACAUCACCAAAUGGAUGUGCAUCACCACCACCAAGAUGAACAUCAACAACAUAUGAUGAUGGAGCACCAACAUCACCAACACCAAAUGUACCAUAUGGUGGAUGACGGUAAUGCAGAUCAGCACCAACAUCAACAUCACCAUCAACAAGAACAUCACCAACAUCAACAUCAACAUCAACAUCAUCAACAACAUAUGCAUGUUCAACAAGAUGAUCAUGUUGAUCAAGACCAAGAACAAGACCAAGACCACCAUAUGCAACCCAACCACCACCACCACCACCACCAACAUGUAGUACAUGCGUAUGCACAUAGCAAGCGGUGUUGUGACUGUGAUUGUGACUGCGGUCAGAUCCUUUUAAAUACAGUGGCCGACCUUGUCAAUGAAAAGUUUGUUCAACUUUGGGAGCAGCAACAAAAGAUGUUUGCACACUCUACUCAUUUAGAAAACUUGUUGACUAGUGUCAUCAAUAUCAAGUAUCCUGAACUCAAACGAAAACAUUCUACAAUGACAUCCGCAACUACUCAACAACCAUCACACCAAUCACGCCAAUCACAACAACCAUCACAUCAACAAACAUUAUUACAAACUCAACCACAAGCAUCUCAACCAUUGUCCAUACAAUCAACACACCACCAUAAUAAUCAUAAUAAUAAUAAUAAUAAUAAUAAUAAUAAUAGUCAUUCAAGUCCUGCACAACAACAACUUUCACCACCACCCCAACAACAACAACCAAAAGAAACAAAUGAAUUAUUAGACAAGGAUAUGAUGGAUGACGGUAGUGGAGACAAUAAUAAUAAUAAUAAUAAUGAUAUGGAAGGAGACAUGGAACAACCAAAAAAGAGAAGGAGAAAUUAUUCUAGUGACAUAUCAAACAAAAUCAGUUCGUUUUUGGAACCACUAUUUGAAGAGGAUUGGAAUAUUACAAAGAAACAUGAAUUGUCAUUGGGUGAGAGGAUAGCGGCAGAGAUUAACGUUGAUCCGGCUGAAGGUGCAAGUAUUGUCAAAUCGUAUUGGCAUAGAGCUCGAGGCAACUCGAAACGAUUGUUUUCUCAAUUGGAUGACUAUAGAAUGGGGUUGGAGAGGUUGUUGGUUGAGGAUGCACAGACAUUCCAGAUGCUCUGUGACAAGUUCAAGUUUGAAAGUCGCGAGAUGGUAACAAAAGACUUGUCCGAUGUCAAUAAUACACUCAAAGAGAUGGCUGCCAGAGGAAGUGGUCGAACCAAUAUCAAAGGUAAAAAGUCACUUAAACGAGUACCAGAUGCUGGUAUAAAGACAUUCAAAGGUAGAUCGGCAGCUCUUUCCAACCACUUUUUUCACUAUGCCAAUGGUAAUCUCAACAAGGAAACAUUGGAAAUCAUCGACCCCGAUUUUACAGAAAUAUUUAAUCAACAUCAACAACAACAACUUCAACAUUUACAUCAACAACAUGUUCAUCAUCCUACUUCGGCUCAAAGUCAAAGUCAAAGUCAAAAUCAAUCAUCCCAACAACAACAACAACAACAACCACCACAAUCCCAACGACCAUCUCCAUCACCACCUCAACAACCACAUCAACAACAUCCUCCAUCUCAAUCGUCCCAACAACCGUCUCCACCUCAACAUCAAUCACAACAACCACAUCAACAACAACAUUUACAUCGACAACAAAAUCAAAGUCAAAGUCAAUCAUCCCAACAACCUCCAUCACCUCAACACCCACAACCACAACCAUCAUCACUUAUACCAUCUUCAUCUCCACCACCUCAACAACCACAACCACAACAAUCAUCAUCUAUAAUUUCACAUUCUUCAUACUCAAAUACAAAUUCUAAUCAAAAUAAUAAUAAUCAUUCAAGACAACCAAUUUCUGAACCACAACAAGAAUACUCUGAAAAUAUUCCCAAUCAACAACAACAACAACAACAACUAAAUGAAGAUUCUAGUAGUAUUGUACUACUUUAA